CCUGUCCCGGCGCUCGCGGAGUCGGCGGCUCCACGUUGACGGCUUCGGACGGCCUGGCGCCCUUCGGCUUCGCGGUCGGCUACCACUGACGAUGAGCUCCCGGACGGCCGCGUGCCCACUCCGCGGGGACCAGCGACGCCGCCUCAUCUAGCGACUGGUCACCCUUGCAAUUAUGGAGAUUUAAAAGGCUCAGAGGGUGUGGAGGGGGAGUUCCCCUCCUCACUCCCCCUUGGUGCUCCACUGCAGGAAUAACUUACAAACUGUGGAAUUGGUUUUUUUUUAAUAAAGAACUUGUAUUUGAUAUAAACUUUAUACAACUAUUUAUAGGUUUUGAUUUAUGUGCCAAAAGGAUCAUACAGAGAUAUAUAGUUUUAUACUAUUGUAAGAACUUAAAUUAUAAUCCAAAGAGAGAAGUCAUUUAUUCUCUAGAAUUCUUCCUAAAUAGCACCUUUGUGCCCUCUUUUGCAUUAAAAAAAAAUCAGUCUUCCGUGACUGUUCUGAAGAAGUAGUCAGUGUACAGACAGUUAGGAUGAAUUCUCCCGUCCCUGACUGCACUGCUCGAUGCCGGUCCUUGGAGCAUGCUUUGGACAUCCUUUCUGCUAUAACAAAAGGGAGUGAAAACCAGAUCAAGGCCUUUCUCUCCAGUCACUGUUACAAUGCUGCGACUACCAAGGAUGCCUUUGGCAGAAAUGCCCUCCACCUUGCUUCCUCCUGUGGCAAGAAGGGUGUGUUGGAUUGGCUUAUGGAGAAAGGAGCAGACCCACUGGUGAGGGACAAGGAGUCCGGCUGGACCGCACUGCACCGAAGCAUUUUUUAUGGACAUAUUGAUUGUGCUUGGUCUCUGUUGAAGCAUGGUGUUAGUUUGUAUAUGCAAGAUAAAGAAGGCCUGUCACCUUUGGAUCUUCUAAUGAAGGAUAGACCAGCUCAUGUAGUAUUCAAGAAUACUGAUCCUACAGAUGUGUACACUUGGGGUGAUAACACGAAUUUCACGCUGGGUCAUGGAAGUCAGAAUAGCAAGCAUCACCCAGAGCUGGUGGAUUUCUUCUCCAGGACCGGGGUCCCCAUCAAGCAGGUGGUGCUCUGUAAAUUUCAUUCGGUGUUUCUGUCUCAGAAAGGCCAAGUGUACACCUGCGGCCAUGGUCCUGGAGGACGGUUGGGCCAUGGAGAUGAGCAAACAUGCCUGGUUCCCAGGCUUGUGGAAGGACUGAGUGGGCAUAAUUGUGCCCAGGUGGCGGCUGCCAAGGAUCAUACUGUUGUAUUAACUGAAGACGGCUGUGUUUAUACAUUUGGCCUAAAUAUUUUUCAUCAACUAGGAAUUAUUCCUCCACCUUCCAGUUGUAAUGUGCCCAGACAGAUGCAGGCAAAAUAUCUGAAAGGAAGGACAAUUGUUGGUGUCGCAGCCGGCCGGUUUCAUACGGUACUGUGGACCAGAGAGGCAGUUUAUACCAUGGGACUCAAUGGUGGACAGCUGGGUUAUCUUCUAGAUCCUAAUGGAGAAAAGUGUGUGACCGCCCCCCGCCAAGUCUCUGCCCUUCACCAUAAGGACAUCAGCCUGUCUUUGGUGGCAGCAGGUGACGGGGCAACAGUAUGUGUCACCACCAGGGGAGACAUUUACUUACUUGCGGACUACCAGUGCAAGAAGAUGGCGUCCAAACAGUUGAACUUGAAAAAGAUUCUUGUGUCUGGGGGUCGUAUGGAGUACAAAGUUGAUCCUGAACAUUUGAAAGAAAAUGGGGGUCAGAAGAUCUGCAUUCUCGCGAUGGAUGGAGCUGGAAGGGUGUUCUGCUGGAGAUCAGCUACCAGUUCUCUUAAGCAAUGUCGAUGGGCAUAUCCGCGCCAAGUCUUAAUUUCUGAUAUUGCCUUAAAUAGAAAUGAACUUCUGUUUGUCACACAAGAUGGGGAAGGAUUUAAAGGGAAAUGGUUUGAAGAAAAAAGAAAGAAUUCUGAAAAGAAAGACAUUUUAUCAAAUGUACAUCAUUCCUCAUCAGAAGUGUCUUGUGUCUCUGAUACAAAUAGUAUGUAUGAAAGGAUUCGACUUGAGAAACUUACUUUUGCCCACAGAGCUGUUAGUGUCAGCACAGAUCCAAGCGGAUGCAACUUUGCAAUUCUGCAGUCGGAUCCUAAAGCAAGCCUUUAUGAAGUUCCAGUGGUGUCUUCAUCAUCCUUUUUUGAAGAGUUUGGCAAACUGUUAAGGGAAACAGAUGAAAUGGACAACAUCCAUGAUGUGACCUUCCAAGUUGGCAAUAGAAUCUUCCCUGCACAUAAAUACGUCCUGGCAGUGCGCUCUGACUUUUUUCAGAAAUUAUUUCUUUCAGAUAGCACUACUUCUUCAGAAUUGACCGAUGUUUACCGGAAAGAUGAAGAUUCUUCAGGGUGUCAUCUCUUUGUGGUAGAUAAAGUUCAUCCUGAUUUGUUUGAAUACCUUUUGCAAUUUAUAUAUACGGAUACUUGUGACUUUUUAACUCAUGGCUUCAAACCAAGAAUUCUCUUAACCAAAAAGUCAGAAGAGUAUCAGGGCUCUCUGAAUACUGAUGUGAACAAAAUAAAGUGCUAUGAAGAUGAUAAUCAGAAGUCAGCGUAUGCAGUUUACAAAAGUAAUCAAGCCCAUACAAUUAGUGAAAGGCAGAAAAGCAAACUGAAAUCUUCUAAAAAAGGAAAAAGCCAUGGGGAGGAUGAUCCUGUAAGAUUGUUGCAAAAUGUUGCAAAGAAAUUUGGCCUCAGUAAUUUGAGUAGUAGGUUAGAUGGUGUCAGAUUUGAAAAUGAAAAAAUUAAUGUUAUUGCAAAGAAAACUGGUAAUAAACUGAAGCUCAAUCAGAAAAAGUGUUCAUUUCUGUGUGAUGUGACCAUGAAAUCAGUGGAUGGGAAGGAGUUUCCCUGUCACAAAUGUGUGCUAUGCGCUAGACUGGAGUAUUUCCAUAGUAUGCUGAGUAGCUCAUGGAUUGAGGCUUCCAGCUGUGCAUCUCUGGAAAUGCCAAUGCAUUCUGAAAUACUGAAAGUUAUCUUGGACUACCUCUAUACUGAUGAAGCUGUGGUGAUAAAAGAAUCUCAAAAUGUGGAUUUUAUUUGUAGUGUUCUUGUGGUAGCUGACCAGCUUCUCAUAAUUCGAUUGAAGGAGGUUUGUGAAGUAGCACUAACUGAGAAACUUACCCUUAAGAAUGCUGCUAUGCUGCUGGAAUUUGCAGCAAUGUAUAAUGCUGAACAGCUGAAACUGUCUUGUUUACAGUUUAUUGGACUGAAUAUGGCAGCUGUACUUGAAGCAAGAUCUCUUGAUGUUUUAAGUGAAGAUGUUUUGAAGGAUCUUUCUGUAUUUUACUGGAAAAUGAUUCCAGCCAUGGAUAGGAGAGUCAUUACACCAUAUCAAGAAGGACCAGAUAUUAGUUAUUUGGAAGUAGAAGAUGGAGAUGUCUUCUUGAAAGAAGAAAUAAAUAUGGAACAAAAUUAUUCGGAAACUAUGUUUAAGAAAGCAAAAGCUAAAGCUAAAAAGAAGCCACGUAAACGCUCGGAUAGUUCUGGAGGUUACAACCUAUCAGAUAUUAUUCAGAGCCUGCCACCUACAGGAUUACUGAAGACUGGUAAGACCAAUUCUGUGGAAUCUCUUCCCGAGCUGUUGACCUCAGACUCUGAAGGAAGCUGUGCCGGAGUGGGUAGUCCUAGAGAGUCUCAGUCCCCUGAUCUCACCACCAGCUCUCAUUCAGAAAAGAUGGAGGUUUGCUUUGCGAAAGUUAAACCUUAUAGUAAUGGUACACCUCCUGCAUAUACUAGGGAAGAUUUAAAACCAUGGGAAAAAUCGUCAGUACUUCAAAUAACUGCUCCGCAGUCCAUUCCCAGCAACAGGGCUGACACAACAAGUUCUUCUAGUUGGGUUUCUGGCUCUUUCAGUCCUGUCAGUCCUCCUGUUGUGGACCUCAGAACCAUCAUGGAAAUCGAAGAAAGUAGACAAAAAUGUGGAACUACACCAAAGUCAAAUUUAGGAAAAGUAAUUUCCCAUGGAGUCAGGCUUUCCCAGAAGCAGCGGAAAAUGAUUGCAUUGACCACCAAAGAAAACAGUUCAGGAGCCAGUGGCGUGGAAACAGUUUUAACUGCGCCUUCAAAAUCCCCAAAACCUGCAUGGGCAUCUUCUGUACAUUCAGUUUCAUCCAAGUCAUUCCGAGAUUUCGUGCUAGAAGAAAAAAAGUCUGUUACUGGCCAUAGUUCAGGAGACCAUGUAAAAAAAGUUUGUUUUAAAGGAAUUGAAAAUUCUCAGUCUUCAAAAGUUGUAAGAAAUUCUAUUCAUGUUGCCCCAGGACCAGAAGGCAGCCAUAUUUCAGAUUUACCACCUCUAGAAAGUCCCAAUCCGUGGCUGUCCUCGCUGACCCCGCCCUCCACCGUGGCCCCCGUCACCUUCGCAUCCAUUGUAGAGGAGGAGCUGCAGCAGGAAGCCGCGCUCAUCAGAAGCCGAGAAAAACCCUUAGCUCUGAUCCAGGUGGAAGAACGUGCGAUACAAGAACUGAUGGUCUUUUAUGAGGCCUCUGGCAAUCCUGACGAGUUUGUGGUCGUUGAGAGGGCGCCGCAGGGGCCGCUGGCAGUGCCCAUGUGGAACAAACAUGGGUGCUAGCUCCCUGCAGACUGGAGGUGUGUAUCCCACACGGUGACUGCUGCACCUCCACAGUGGAGGGAGUGCUUGCAGUCCACAUAGAAGGGCAGGACGAGAAAGGCUCUGAUUGCUGUACUCUAGGUUUUUCUUUGUUUGCUUGCUUGUUUUUCCAUGACUAAAAAUAAAUUUAUCAGAAUUGUGAUUUUAGUAACUUAUGUGAAAUGUGUUAAAGAAGAGCUAGAUUAUAGAUACAUUGGAUUGUUUCUUCUGACUAAUCUUAAAAAGGAAAAGAUAAGUGAAGUGUAAGAUUGAAGAGUCAUACAUUAAAAAUAACUUUUAUUUGAGCUAAAUAAUUUAGGAGGUUUAGUAAUACACUUGUCACUCUGCUUUUUCAAUUUGAUGUUGAUGAGCCUAAAGUAGAAGCAUCAGUCCUCACCUCUGACCAGUAAUGGCCAGAGUUUGCCAUGCUAGCUGUGUCCGUUCUUGUUGCUUUUUUCCAGUGAGGCUGUUAAUGUCUUAGGUCUGUUGAAAGCUCAGCUUGCUUAAGUGCCAUAUUUCACUUUGGACAAGACAUUGUCUGUGUUGUAGUAGGUGAUCGAUUACAGUAGAAAAAAAAAUAAGAACUCAAUUUCGGAUAGUUUUAUCAAAGAAAAUAAUUGCUUUUAAAAUUUGGAGCCAUCGUGGAUUGCUUCUUAGGGUAGGGAGGGCAUUACAAAAGCCUAAUUGUGAAAGAAUCAAUUUGUCAAAGUGUUAAAAUGUUCUAAAGCAAAUAUUUAAUUAUACAUAGAAGAUUCCAGUAGUUAGAAAGAAGAUUGAUUUACAGCUAGCUUUAUAAUUCUGUAUAAUCAGAAGGUUAUGAGCCUUGAUUAUGUGAGUACCGUACAUAUAAACAUUAUUUUGUUUACAAUGUGCUGUCUGGUUUUUUUUCUGAGUGUUUAAAGUUUUAAAAAAUGAAUGUUAAAACUGUCCUCUAGUAUGUAGAAAAAGUGGGAAGGUUGAUGUACUUCUGGAACAUGGAUCUAGGGGAACAUAGAGGCAGUUCAUUGCUAAAAUCCAGUCGCCAGAACAAUGCCUGAAACGAGCUCAACAUUUCAGCAGGCAUGUAAGCAAAAGUGCAAUAAAAAGUCAUCUUGAUCCACUUCUCA